AUGGCUGAACCCCCGCGACAACUCCAUCUCACGGCCUUCAUGCGGCCAGUUUCCCUGCACCCAGGAGCAUGGCGCUAUCCCGGCUCCUACCCAGAUGCCAACUUCAAUUUCAAACAUAUUGCCAAGUUCGCCCAGAAACUCGAGGCUGCCAAGUUCGACGCCUUCUUCAUGGCUGAUCACUUGGCAGUGUUGAACAUGCCCGUUGAAGCCCUCAAGCGCAGCCACACAGUUACCUCUUUUGAGCCAUUCACUUUGCUUUCUGCCCUUUCGACCGUCACGGAGAAAAUUGGCCUCGCUGCUACAGCAAGUACAACGUACGAUGCCCCUUAUCAUGUUGCUAGACGCUUUGCCAGUCUGGACCACCUGAGCGGCGGACGAGCCGCGUGGAAUAUCGUCACCACUGGCAACCCGGAGACUAGUCAUAACUUUGGCUUCGAUGAGCAUUUAGCUCAUGGUGAUCGUUAUAAGCGAGCGCGCGAGUUCUACGAGGUUGUCACUGGACUAUGGGACAGUUUUGCCGAUGAUGCAUUCACCCGCGAUACAGAGACGGGAGAAUAUUUCGACCCGGCCAAGCUGCAUGCCUUGAAUCAUUCUGGCGAUGAGUUCAAAGUACGCGGCCCUUUGAAUAUCGCUCGACCGCCACAGGGCUGGCCUGUCAUCGUGCAAGCUGGACAGAGUGAGCCCGGGAAGCAACUUGCGGCUGAGACGGCGGAGGUUGUAUUUUGCAGCCCUAAAGACAUUGAUGGCGCGAAGGCCCUGUAUGCCGACAUUAAAGGGCGUGUCGAGAAAGCGGGGCGGAAGAGAGACCAGUUGAAGAUCCUACCUGCUGCAAUGAUCAUAGUCGGGGACAGCAAGCAGGAUGCACAGCAGAAGCGACUCAACUUGGAUAGCCUGGUACAUUACGACAGUGCCAUCGCUUCUUUGUCUAUCUCCCUUGGUGUUGAUGUGAGUGGGCUUGAUCCGGACAGUCUCCUGCCCGAUGAUUUGCCCGAGACCAACGCGAGUAAGACAAGCAGAGAGGGAGUUGAGAAGUUGGCAAAGGAGGAGGGUCUGACAAUUCGACAACUUGCCCAGCGAUACGGCGGAUAUGCUGGGUUGACAUUCCUCGGUUCGCCAAGUGAGAUUGCUGAAGAAAUGGAAGUCUGGCUGCGAGAGGAGGCCUCCGACGGAUUCACCUGCACAUUUCCAUUCUUGCCUCAGGGUCUGGAAGAGGUGACAGACAGGUUGAUUCCCGAGUUGCAGCGGAGAGGCCUCUUCCGAAACGACUAUACAGGCUCGACACUACGCGAGCACCUGGGCCUGGCGAAACCUGAGAAUCGUUUCUUCAGUGAGUCGGCCUGA